AUUCUUACAGGCUCGGUGAUAUAGUCAGAGCUAAAGUGAUAUCUUUGGGAGAUGCAAGAUCAUACUAUUUGUCAACCAUGGAAAACGAAUAUGGCGUGAUUUAUGCGCAAAGCUUGGCAGGAGCUGCAAUGAUUCCCAUAUCAUGGACGAAUAUGCAAUGUAUCAAGACUGGUGAAAUCGAAUCGAGAAAAUGUGCAAAACCUAACAUAUGA